AUGGGCGGCGACAAGAAACGAAAGGCGGACGGCCCCGCGGCGGGCUCGCCUGCGGCCACCAAGGCCAAGGCCACGUCCCAGACCAAGGAGGAGUUCACCAAGGUCUACUACGAGAUGCGUGACGAGAUCCUCGACGACCCCCUCCUCGCCGGGCAGCCCAAGGAGGCGCGCGAGUGGCUCAAGGAGAUGCUCGAUUACAACGUGCCCGGCGGGAAGCUCAACCGCGGGAUGGCCGUGCUGGACGCGCUCUGCGCGCUGCUGGACCGCGAGCCGACGGCGGAGGAGGUGAAGGACGCGAACGUCGCGGGGUGGUGCAUCGAGCUGCUGCAGGCGUUUUUCCUCGUGGCGGACGACAUCAUGGACGGCAGCGUGACGCGGCGCGGGCAGCCGUGCUGGUACAAGGUGCCCAAGGUGGGCAUGAUCGCGUGCAACGACUGCAUCCUGCUCGAGGCGGCGAUCUACAACGUCCUGCGGCGGCGGUUCCGCGGGCGGGCGUGCUACGUGCACCUCCUGGACCUGUUCCACGAGGUGACCUUCCAGACGUCGCACGGGCAGCAGCUGGACCUGAUCACGGCGCCGAUCGGGCAGAAGAACCUCGAGCGGUACACGCUCGACACGUACCUCCGGAUCGUGACCUUCAAAACGGCCUUCUACACCUUUUACCUGCCCGUGGCGCUGGGGAUGCGCCUGGCGGGCGUGGAGGACGAGGGCGCGUACCGCGUGGCGCAGGACAUCUGCAUCGAGAUGGGGCAGUACUUCCAGAUCCAGGACGACUACCUGGACUGCUACGGCGACCCCGAGGUCAUCGGCAAGGUGGGCACCGACAUCGAGGACAGCAAGUGCAGCUGGCUGGUGGUGAACGCGCUGGAGCGCGCGACGCCCGCGCAGCGCAAGGUCGUCCAGGAGCACUACGGGCGGCCGGAGAAGGAGCACGUGGCGAAGAUCAAGGCCCUGUACCGGGAGAUGGGGUUGGAGGCGCUCUUCAAGAAGUACGAGGAGGAGUCGCACAAGGAGCUGGUGGGCAAGAUCGAGGGGCAGACGAAGGUGCCCGCCGCGGUCUUCAUGCCGCUCCUGAAGAAGAUCUACAAGCGGUCCAAGUGA